ACACGGAGCUGUAUUGGCCACAUCAACAACAAGGAUAUCAAGUGUCAUUUCCUUGUGGGACUGUAACGUUGUAUUUGAGACACGAAAAUACUCUGCACCGAACUUCGAAAGAAACAAUGAGCAUGAAUGUGGUGAUCGUGGCCGCUGCUGUGCUGGUGUUGACCAUCCAGACUUCAGGCCAGCCGACCUGGGGCUGUUCCGGUCCGAGGACCGAGGAGAAGUAUGUGUGCAGCCCUGUCAUUCAUGUUCACAACGACAGGGACAAGCAGGGGGAAAGCGACGAGACGGGAACCAGCCAGGACGUUCGGCUGACAGAGUUGGAGGAACAGGUCAGGAAUCUGACAGAAGAAGUAGAGCUCCUUAAACAAGGCCGUGAGAAUCUAGUCUGUCCCAACGGUUCUGUCAAGUUCCAGGACAGAUGCUACAGCUUCUCUACCGACACGAAGACCUACGCCGGUGCCAGGUCCGCCUGUCAGGCUGCCGGCGGGCAUCUGGCCAUGCCUAAGGACCAGGCAACCAACGACUUCCUGGUCAACCAACUGACCAGGUACCCCAGUGACUCCGUCGUCUGGUUCGGCCUGACAGACCUGGUGCAGGAGGGAACCUUUUUGUGGGAGGACGGGACGCCGCUCACCGGCUGGAGCAACUGGUAUUCGGGGCAACCUGACGAUGGUAGCUCUGCUGAGGACUGCGUUGAGUGGAGAGCACGGUAUGGCUACAGGUGGAACGAUCUGUCAUGCUUGAUUAGUCUGUAUUAUGUGUGUGAAGUCAGUGCAGCCGUUCCCUAGCCGGGCCCACAAAAGCCAAGGACAGGUCCACUGGUCACAACCUUCAGCGAGAAAAGAGAUUGGAGUUUGUCAGUUGGAUAUGAUUUCUGUCUUAAGUAGUAACUUAGGGAUAUUAUAAGGACUUUUAAACGGUGUUUAAUUUAACCAAGUUUGGUCAAGAUAGUAAAGAGAUUGAAGAUAGUCAGUUGGGUAGGAUUUGAAUUGUAGACAUAGAUAUCUAGUCAAAACAAUUCUUUCGGUGUUUGAUAAUGAUAUACGAAUUCUCAUGGUGUGCUUAUUCUACUUUUGUACCAAGUUAUCCAAGUGUAUAUGCAGUUAACUUAUAUAGUCAAAGAAUAAUCUUCAUAGUUAGUGUCAGAAAGGAAUGUAAACGUAUAGUACAGUAUAUGUUCACUACUAAUUACAUACAGCAAGUACAUAGAUUGAAGUUUUGUAUGGUUUAGUUCUAGCCUGAGCUGAUAUAAUAGCCUCGAAUCGGUAGGGACUUGACUUUCAAACUCUGGUCAUUUUACUUCUGUAACAUUACCAAGCUAUCCAAGUGUAUUUUCAUCAGUUUAGUUAUGUAAUCAAGUAUAAUCUUAACAGGUGGGGUCAGAUGGGAAUGUAAACGUGAUAUUUGCACUUUUGAUGAAGACAAGUCAUGUAAAUCUUUCAUGUGACUAAAAACAAAUCCGUGUUGACUAGUGAUGGUUUCUGCCUUCUUGUGUAUCAUUCUAACAUUUUCCUCUUGUCCCGCUAAUACCCCCCUCACAUUAGGCGAAAAUCGAUCGGACGACGAUUCUGC